AUGGAGGCAAAUGACUUAGACAUGGAAAAACAACUGCACGAAGCCCAUGAAGUGUUGUCCAAGGUGGGAACGAUCCUCGCCAGCUGUUCAGAUAAGCUAUCUCAUUUGGAGAACCUUUUAUCACGCAUCUUGGAAGAGGCUAAUUACAAUCACAUCGGAGCAAACGGCUUCGAAAUAGACGUCAUAUCAGAAGAACUAAUCGAGUGGACCUUCACUUUCGAUCUAAUUAGUGCAAUAAUAAAGUUUGAGCUGGGUGAGUUUGAUGUUUUGUUUGGUGGCCUUCAAGAACUUAUCGUUGAUGGCCUUAGAAAGAUACUGCCUUUCGAUAAUUCAACUGAGUUGGUAAAUGCCGUGGUGAAUGGGCUGCACGAUGGUGAAGUGUUGCUUGAACAUUCUAGAGAUCGUGUUUUCGAGAUGAAAGCUCGUCUGGCCAAGUUGCGGAUGAGUUCUUUUUCUUCUGGGGAGCAUGAUUGGAGCAAUGUUCUUCUAAAGACAACCAAACAAAAGGGUCUCCUCAAGAUGCUCGAAAAAUCUCUCUCGCGAGAGAUUGAGCUCGAGAAGAACUUAAAAGAGCUCAAACGAAACGAAAAUGAUUUCAAACAAAAAAUACGACUUGUGGAACAAGUCGCGUCCUUCAUGGAAGAGGCUGCUGAGGUCACUUGGGCUCGCUUUCUAGAAGCCGACAGCAUGGCUGAAGUACUCUCCGGAAUCUCGAAAGACACGCUCCGGAAGCUCCAGCUGGCGCAAGCCGAGCUUGACCGGGCAACCAAAAGCGAACGGGAAAAAACCCAUCAACUUCAAGACAUUGUAAAUCAAUUGCAUGCAAAAGACUUGUUAAUCGAGAAUCUCAACACCACCAUCUCGAGUCUCGCAGCCGAUAAUGCCAAAAUAGAAGAUUUAAGACAAAAGGUUAGAUAUCUCGAGGAAAAACUGAAAAAAACUGAGUCGAGGCUCGAGGAGGUAGAGACAGUAAAUGAGAUGAGUCAAAAACAGCUUAUAGAGAGAGAAAUUGAAAUCGAGGCCUUGAGAGAGAAAACAAACGAGGCUGAGACUCGAGCAAAGAUCGCGGAGGAAAAAGCCUCCCACUUGACAGACUCGAACCUCGAGCUAUCAGAGGAGCUCGAUUUCCUCAAGGGCACAAAUGACAGCAACUCGAAAAAAUCGAGCAUGUUGGAAAAGGAGCUAAGGGAGUUAGAUAUUCAGCUUCAGCACUCGAGGGCAUUAUCGGAAGCUAGUCAAGAGCAGCAAAACAUGCUGUACACGGCGAUUUGGGACAUGGAGACUUUGAUAGACGAGCUGAAGCAGAAGGUGGCUAAGGCGGAGGGAAAAGCCGAGAGUGCCGAGGAUAGAUGCGUCAUUUUAUCCGAGACAAAUUUAGAUAUUAGUAAGGAACUGGAGUUUAUGAGGUCCCGAGUCGAGUUAUUGGAGAAUGCUUUGAGCCAAGCCGCUCUUGAGAAAAAAUCACAUGCGAAGGAGAUUGGUGUUAGGAGCGAUCAGAUAAUGGAGAUGGCUUUGCAGAUUGCGAUUGAGAGGGAACGUGUUCAGACUAAGUUAAUCUCGUGCACGAAGGAAAACAAAUUACUGCGAGAUAAAUUAGCGAAACAACAAAAAAAUGCAACUGUCAUUCUUCAGGAUAAGAGAAAUUGUGAUGAGAAAGAGUUUCGGUCACCGAGGCUUGAUCAUCAAGCCGAUCCUUUAUCUGCAAAAACUUCUGCAAUAAAAGCCACCGAGAUCUCAUCCGAAAGUCUUCAGGUGGAGCAAUUAUCGGAGGAUGCUAUCCCAAAUGACAAUGAGAUGCGAACUUCUUGUUCGACAAACGAAAGCUCGAAUUUAGUUUCUCAGGUCGAGGCCGAGAGAUUUAACAAAAAUGGGAAUUAUAAGAGGAUGUGUGUAUACAUGGCCAUUCUUGUUGUGGUCCUAUCAGAUAAAAUCAUAAAAGGCACGUGGUUCCCCUACCUUCUUAGCCCGCCGGAAAUCAAUUGGUGCUGCUAUUUCCUCCGGCGGUACUGGUCGGGAUGGUGGCAGUCAUGUCUCUCCAUGCUAGAUGUCGUUGGGGGCUCGAGUUUCGUCUCCUCGUUAGAUCUGUUUGUUAGUAAACUAUUCUCCAUGUUGUGGGAGAUGGAUCCAAACUUUGUACUGAUCAAUUGA